ACACUCCCUAAAGCUGCUGAUGGUUGUUAAAUCCCUACAUGACGUCGAUGCCAGGCAGUUGUGGGUGUGGUCUUCACUGGCUCGCCAACAUACCAGAGCUUAAAUGCUGAACUGCCACUGCCAUUCACCAACAACAGCAAGCCUGUUUCUCUGACUCACUUUAUUUUCCCAGUCUGGCUCGCUGUUGCUCCUGCAUUCAAAGACUCCGUCAACUUGCUCCCAAACUCUGAAGAACGGCUUUGACUUUUUGGCAGGAGGUGCUGCUCAAGUAAAAAGCUCUACACGUCUGAAAUCUUUUUUUUCUGGAGAAUUAUCUUCCACCAGUCCCUUGUGGGGAAAUGUCUCUCCCAUUGUCAGUGCUGAUAUGUCUGACAGUGGUACAGAUGAGCAUGGGAGAUCUGCCAGUGGACGAAGUCAUCACAACAAAAAAAGUUCCUCUUCUGGGCGGCUGGUCUGAAAGGAGUCCGGAGGCAGACGAGAUUUUGGAGGUGGCUCGUCAUGCCGUGGAGGAGUUCAACACGAACUCAAAGAGCAAGAAGAUGUUCAAACUGGUCUCCAUCACCUCUGCUCAGAGUCAGGUGACCAAUGUGAUCAACUUCAAGAUUGAUGCAGUCCUGGGAAAAACCAAAUGUCUCAAAUCUGAAAACCCUGACAUGAACAGCUGCAGUCUUGUGAAAAAGCAUAUGAAAUGCUACUUCGAGGUGACCUUUGACCCCCGCAACAACAAACAUGAGAUUCAGAUGAAGAAGUGCAGGAGACAGACGGAGAGUGCUUAGUUUUACUUAUUGUAAGCUUUAACCACCUUGACGCAUUUUGAUACCAUGUUUAUUUUUCCCCCUGAAUAAAUGUUUUUCAGCUUACUUAAAGUACUGGGUGUUUAUUAUGAUAGGUUUAAUAGUGAACAACAUCUUAUUACAAAAGUAGCUUGGAAUCAGUUAUCAAGGGUGAAUUGAUUUUUAGUACCAGUGCUAACUAUCAGAAUAAAAGUUAUUAUCAUUUA